AUGGAUAUUGAAACUCUAACCAGUCGGAGUUCUGUUUUGAGGGAGAGAAUAAUACGGAGCUCCCCGAAGAAGCCGAUCAAGGCUGUGACGACGUGGGUGAAGCGGCAGCCACCCAAAGCCAAGGUGCUUCUGGCGGUGGCCGCUGUUUUGACAACCAUUGUCUUCCUCGGCCUCGUCGUUCAGGACCACGAUAACCUCUUCAUCGCCGCCGAAGCCGUUCAUGCCAUCGGCAUUUCCCUUCUCAUUUACAAACUCACCCAAGAGAAAACCUGCACUGGACUUUCACUCAAGUCGCAAGAACUAACGGCUAUAUUUUUAGCUGUUCGACUCUACUGCAGCUUUGUUAUGGAGUAUGAUAUACACACGCUGCUCGAUCUUGCUACAUUAGCAACAACUGGUUGGGUCAUUUAUAUGAUUCGCUUUAAAUUAAAUUCCACUUACAUGGAUGACAAAGACACCUUUGCUCUUUAUUAUACGGUUAUACCCUGCGCUUUGUUAUCUCUAGCUAUCCAUCCAUCGACAGUGCAUCAUGCUUUUAACCGUAUUUGUUGGGCAUUUUGUGUGUACUUGGAAGCUGUUUCAGUUCUCCCUCAACUUCACCUCAUGCAGAACACAAAGAUUGUCGAGCCAUUCACCGCUCAUUAUGUUUUUGCACUAGGAGUUGCAAGGUUUCUAAGUUGCGCCCAUUGGAUCCUCCAGAUGGUUGCUAGUGAGGGACGUUUGUUAACAGCAUUAGGUCAUGGAAUAUGGCCUUCAUUGGUUCUCCUUUCUGAACUCGUCCAAACUUUUAUUCUGGCCGAUUUCUGCUAUUACUAUGUCAAGAGUCGUCUUGGUGGACACCUUGUGCUACGUCUUCCCUCAGGCCUAAGCUACACGCCUACACGCCCAUCACCCACGCCGCCCACUUACCAGCAGCCAGCAGAACUCCAGAACGCGGCCACGCAGUCGCAGACGCAGACCCAGACCCAGAGAGGCAGAGAUGAGAGACUACACUACACGUCUACACCACUAGUCCACUACCAGCAGCCAGCAGGAAGCAGUCAAUCGUCUACCAGCACGAAGCAAGUCAAUCGCAGUCUCGCGGACGGAACUCGAAGCUCGAAAACGAAGGAAGAAGAAGAAGAGUGGGAGACGGCGCAGGCGUCGGCUUGA